GCGCGACGCGGCAGCUGGGGUCACGUGACAAUUCAGAUUGCGCAGUUUUGUCCGUUUAAAACAAAUCUCGCCAAAGGCUAUUGGCAGGUUGGUGAAGUGGAUAGCUCAUUCACCUACCAUUCGGGAACUCUGGAUUCGGUACCCGAUCGGUCCACUCUUCCGUCGAAAGGGACGCUCGAAAAUGGGUACAGCGGAGACGAAUUUGCAAGCAAUGACGCCGCUUACCUGUUGUAUUCAGUGAUCGAUGCAUCUAUCGCCCUUGCAACCAAAGGUCUUGCCAAAAUUCUGUGCUACAUUAAUACCUAUCCGGCAACGCAUCUGAGUCGAGCACUCCAUGUGAAGCUCACUUGGGCAAGGAAAUGCAACAAACAUCUGUUCAUGAGCAGUGAAACCGAUAAAGAGUUGGGUGCGCCGGUCUUGAAUAUAACCCGGUGUGAAGCGGUAUCAGACGUCAAGUGA